GAGGUACAUGCUGUACCACACCACUUAAAAUGAGGUCACUGUUACUGUUGGUGUGUUUUGCUGGAUUAGUCAGCGCUGAAGCUGAGGCAGAGGCUGAUCCCGCUUGUAAUAACUGUGGGCAGAGACCCCCUUACAUUAAGGGUGCACGAGGUCGACCAGGAAGUCCCGGACCCCCAGGUUCUGAGGGUACGAUCGGUCAGCGCGGUGUUCCUGGUUCUCCUGGUAUCAAGGGAGACAGGGGUGAAGCAGGUCAGCCAGGACCAAUCGGUCUGCCUGGAGAUAGAGGACUCAGAGGGCCCGCAGGAUCCUCUGGAGAAUCUGGAGAUGCUGGACAAGGUGGUUACCCUGGCCGGGAUGGAGUUGACGGUAUCCCCGGUACUCCUGGUGUUGACGGGUGUAACGGAACAAAGGGAGAGCUAGGUUACCCUGGUAACGAUGGACUAGCUGGAGCUCCAGGACUAAAAGGAGACACAGGAGAGCCUGGAACUCCUGGUGGUGUGGGAGAGCCGGGGCUUUCCGGAGGUAAGGGCUCCUCUGGGAGAGAUGGUAACCCUGGUAGAGCUGCUAUAGAUGGAGCUAAGGGAGAGCAGGGACGCCCUGGAGAGAGAGGUUUAGGCGGAGAGCGUGGGGAACCUGGCAGGGACGGAUCUAAUGGCGGGAAAGGUAGUCCAGGAACUAACGGCCGAAACGGAGCCCCAGGAAUGAAGGGCAACCAAGGAGAGCCGGGUCGUUCUGGUAAUGACGGAACUGCAGGUCUACCAGGAGGUAAAGGAGACAGGGGUACCCCUGGAACUAGGGGGCUGCCUGGUAUGCCUGGUAAGGAUGGGUUGAAUGGGUUGAAGGGUGAUGGUGGAAGAGCUGGUGCUAAUGGUUUACCUGGAAAAGAUGGAACUCCAGGCUUCGCAGGAUCUAAAGGAGAGAGUGGAGCACCUGGUUUACCAGGAGACCAAGGAAGACCUGGAGCACCUGGAAUCGGAGAAAAAGGUGAUCGUGGGGAGCCAGGAGUUGCAGUCAGUCUGGCUGGGCUCCCGGGGUCCAAGGGAGCUCGUGGUACCCCAGGAAGGAAUGGACUGCCUGGUCAAUCUGGAGACAAAGGAGGCCGGGGAACUGAUGGUAGACCUGGAGACAAGGGAGAUAGAGGAAAAGAUGGUAUGUUAGGACGGAAUGGUAACGAUGGUUUACCAGGAGGAAAUGGUCGAGAUGGAGGUAAAGGAGAACCCGGUUUCCCUGGCACGAAAGGUGACAGAGGAACACCAGGAUUUGGUGGAUCCCCUGGAGAACGUGGCAGUCCUGGUCUGCCUGGAGCUAAAGGAGCCACAGUGGUAGGAGCUCCUGGUGUAAAGGGGUCCUCGGGAAUGCUUGGAACCCCUGGAAGAGAUGGAGAGAAGGGAGAUACGGGGACUGGUGGCAGAGAUGGCACUCCUGGUCUGAUGGGGAUGAAGGGAGAUCGUGGUUUCUCAGGAAAAGCAGGUAGUCCUGGAGUAGCAACCCCAGGAGCUAACGGUGAGCCAGGGCGACCUGGUGUUCCCGGAAGAAAGGGAGAAAGUGGACUCGUCGGACGGCCUGGUUCUGCUGGCCUGCCUGGAUCGAAAGGAGACAGCGGUACCUCAGGAUCCCCCGGACUUCCCGGUGCGAAGGGUAACUUUGGUCGAUCUGGAAGUGAUGGUUUACCAGGAAACAGAGGAGAGCCAGGUACUGCUGGAACCCCUGGUACUCCUGGACUGAGAGGAGGAAAGGGAGAACCUGGUCUAUCUGGAGCUAUGGGAACUCCCGGAGAGAGAGGUAUGUCUGGAGCUCCUGGAAUGAAAGGAGCAGGUGGCCUGGCAGGUCGGCCUGGUAACCCUGGAGCUAGGGGAGAUAAUGGUAGCCCUGGUAACCCUGGUUUGAACGGAGGUAAAGGAGAGGCUGGUACUAACGGGCGAGAUGCUACAAGUAUCCCUGGAGCAAAGGGUGACGCAGGCAGACCGGGACUCAAUGGAGGAAAGGGAAAUGGAGGGCUACCUGGAAGACCAGGAGUAAACGGAGACCGUGGCUCAGAUGGAGCCUCCGGUCUUAAUGGAGACAAGGGCUCCAGGGGCCUGCCUGGAACAAAUGGACGCCCUGGUGCUAAGGGUGAAGCUGGGAGAAGUAUACCAGGACGGGAUGCAGAACCAGGAUUAGCUGGUAAGGACGGUCUACCUGGUAUGCCAGGUAGUAAGGGAGAUGGUGGGCUUAACGGUAACCCUGGUAACCCUGGUAAAGACGGUCUCCCUGGGCGACCUGGAAAUGAUGGAAGGAAUGGACUGGCAGGAGCUAAAGGAGACAGAGGACCUUCUGCAACUCCUGGUGCAGCUGGGAUCCCUGGAAGACCCGGCGAAAAAGGAGAUCGAGGAAAUAACGGUCUGUCCGGUUUAGAUGGACGUCCUGGUAACAACGGCCUCCCCGGCGCCAAGGGUAACCCAGGAGCUCCAGGAAUGAGCCAAAGAGGAGAGAAAGGAGACAUGGGAUUACAAGGUCUGCUCGGAGCCGCUGGACGGCCCGGUGGAAGAGGCAACUCUGGUAAGGACGGAAAUCCUGGAAAUCCUGGACUCCCCGGUAUGAAGGGAGAUGCAGGGUUAUCUGGCACACCUGGUAAGGAUGGUUCGUCCGGUCUUCCAGGAACUAAAGGAGACUCUCCUGUUGUAACCGGACCUGUUGGACCCAGGGGAGAACCUGGAGAAAGUAUCACUGGAACAAAUGGCAAGAAGGGAGAAGCUGGAAAUCCUGGUAUGAAUGGAAUGAAGGGAGACAAGGGAGAGACAAUCAACAACUAUGGUCAAAGAGGAGAGCCAGGACGACCAGGAAAUGAUGGUAUUCUCGGAGGGAAGGGAGAUCGUGGAGCUAAUGGAAUGCCUGGUUCCCCAGGACAAAAGGGAGAUGCAGGGAUCGGUAACAAUGGUGUUAACGGACUGCCCGGUGCAAAAGGAGAGACUGGUUUCUCGGGAACACCUGGAAAUAACGGACUCAAGGGUGAAUCUGGUCUACCCGGACGACCGGGAGGUUCAACCGCUGGUAUAAAAGGAGAAGCAGGCAUUCCAGGAAAUCCUGGAACCUCCGGAACUCCAGGAUCUAAAGGUGAGUCAGGACUAAAUGGACAGAACGGUGAUCCCGGAACUGCAGGAAGGAUGGGCUCCCCAGGAGCACGAGGACCUCCUGGGUCACCCGGAAAUGGGGGAACGCCUGGCAAGGCUGGAGGAAAGGGUACACCUGGAAGAGCUACUCCUGGAAGAGACGGGCUACCUGGAGCUAAGGGAGAUAGGGGACGAGACGCAACUCCUGGAAGAAACGGAAACCCAGGAAAUCCCGGAAAUGCUGGAGCUCUCGGAGUUAAGGGUGAUUCUGGAGUCCCUGGAACACCGGGUGUUGGAACUCCCGGGGAACUAGGCAGACCUGGUAUGCCCGGAGCAGCAGGACAAAAAGGUGACCCUGGUAGAUCCGGUAACCCAGGAAUAGCUGGACCACCCGGGGAAAAUGGUCUUCAGGGAAUGGCUGGCAGGGCUGGACAGCAAGGAAUGAAGGGAGACAGGGGUCUCAGUGGAGCUCCUGGUUCCCCUGGAGAUUUAGGUCCCGCUGGUCCAAACGGUGCAGCUGGACCACCAGGACCAACUGGACAAAGAGGAAACCCUGGACCUCCAGGAACAAAUGGUAAUCCAGGAACAAACGGUUUACCUGGAGCUAAGGGAGAUUUAGGAAGAGCAGGAACUCCAGGGAGGGAUGGUAAUCCCGGUAGUUCAGGCAUGCCAGGUAGACAAGGAGACAGAGGCAGUGAUGGUCAAACAAUCACAGGACCACCUGGAACAAAGGGAACCACAGGAGAAAAGGGUGUCAUGGGGCAAAGAGGAGAUACAGGAGGCAAAGGUAUCCCUGGAAUCAAAGGUAUCGCAGGGCCCAAGGGUAUCGCUGGUGCUGGAGUCAAAGGAGCAAGGGGACAAAAGGGGGCACCUGGCAGAGCUGGUGCACCUGGUGAAGCAGCCCAGAGCAUCCAGCUGAAUCCUUACAUCGUGGCGUUCCACUCUCAAAAGAACGUCGCUCCAAAGUGCUUCGAUGGAAUGACUGAGCUUUGGACGGGGUACUCGUUCAUGUUUGUCGAUGCUGAUUCAAAGUCGAAAUGGAGUCAGGACUUGGGAAAGCCUGGGUCAUGCCUACCUGAGUUUUACCCUGGCUUUUAUACUCAGUGCACCAUUGACAGCUGUUCUUCCGCCAACGAGGGUCACAAGACUACCUGGCUGGCCACUGCUCCGGAGUUCCUAACUGAUGACAGCUCCAGCCGACUACCCAGAGGUAAGCUGAAGAUGGGAUCGAGACGAGAAGAACUGCUGAAUCUGAUAUCUAGAUGUGUGGUGUGUGACACUAUUUUUAAGAUGGUGGUGGUGCACAGUAUGACCAACACGGUACCUGACUGUCCUGAUGGCUACGUGUCCGCAGCCUCUCCUAACAGAUUCAUCCCCUCCGCAACACAAUCACAGGACUGGAUCGGUUACAGCUUCUGGGAAGUGUCCUUGGAUAACUAUGCAAUAGGAGUGCUAACAGACGAACCAGCCUCGUGUCUAUUGUACUACAGUCCCACUGCUGUAGCCGAGUGUGAUGUCGAGGGCUGCAAGUUUAAAUCUUCCGACCAGAAAACGUCAUGGCAGAUGGAUUCGAAAAAGGAUCCAUACACGGAGGAGGAAACCAGGGUACCGUUCACAGAAGCAAGAAGUUACGUGUCCCGAUGCAGGGUCUGUCACCGACCCGAAGCAACCAAAAUCGUUUUUAAGGACUUGCAAUUUGAUGAGUGAUUUAUAAGGGACACCAUUUUAAUAGUGAAAUUUUCCGAUUUUAUUGUCUUGUUUUAAACGCUUUUUAUCGUCAAAUCCAAAUUGGAGUAUUCAUAUCAUUAUCACACCAUAAUAAUAAUGUAGUAUGUACUACUAGUACUAUAAGUAUAGUACUACUACUAUUAGUAGAAUGCCUUAAGGCCUUACGAGCAAAAAUACGUGUUUUCUGCUAUGAUGUAUGAGUUUGGAGACUUAACCAUUAAUUUGAUACAACACACAAUAGUAUGAUGUGUAAGGAUCAAGAAUAUGUUUAGAAAUAUAAAUGGGACUUUAUUACUAUUAGUAGGGGGUGCACGAUGAAAAUAAACUUGCUCGGAUUUUCAAAAUUUUUGUACCAUUGUUUUCUAGAGACUGUGAGAUCAGAAUUUUCACAGUACCUUUUUUACAGUACCAAAUUUGAUCAAUAAGUUUCGCAUAGGUGCCAUAUUUAAUGGUGCGCGGCUAGGCUUUUGGAGCAAAAGUAGGUGUAAAUGGUGCGUAAUUUGGCGUAAUAUGACGAAUUCGUUGAUUUUUGUCGUACUAUUCUGUCAUAUCUUCGGUUCCUUGAAAGUUGAAUGAGAUCAUUCUG